GUUCCCCGUUCCCCGUUCCCCGUUCCCCGUUCCCCGUUCCCGGAACGUAUCUCCCCGUGGAUCCGACUUUCUGCUUGACGCGGACGUAGCAGUCUGGAUUUGCUGCAGUCAAUACCACCGUGACGAUGCCACAACACAUGAUGCCCUCUUAUCUUCCACUGGAGCUUGUGGACGAAAUCUUCGAACAGCUGUCUAUAUAUGCUCAUGCUCAGGAUCUCGAUUUCGAUGCUGUUGCCAGUCUCACCAGUCGCAUUGCGCGUGCGGCUCUCGCUAGGUGUGCACCGGCGUCCCGUACCUUCCACGAGCAAGCAAUUAGAAUUCUCUGGAGGGAACAGCAGAUGGGCCAUGCUUGCGACGCUGUCCUGUCGAACUUUCAUCUCGGCUCUGUCAAGUGGCCUGAGCAGGACACCUGGGGAGGACUCCGAGGACCAGAGUCUGAUCUUGGCUGUCGCUUUACCUAUAAAUAUGUCACAGGGCCCAUCGCCACGGAGGAAUGGUCGCGCUUCGAGUACUAUGCUCAGUUCGUCACGGUCUGAUAGCACCGUCUGGCGGGUUGUCCGUCGUGCGCUGCCAAUUACCAGUGGGUCGUACGUAGUUGUCUCGCACGCAACGCCUGACGUACUGCGAGCCGCGCAGAACGCGGGAUAUCCUACAAAGCGCCUCAGGACGAGAAGUGAGCGUGUAGCGCAGCAUGAUGUGCGGAGGAUGGUGCUUCCGAGAGUUGGAAUGAGUUGAAGCGAGGAGCGACUCGGAUCACGAGCGCUUUGGCAGCAUCGCACAGAACGCGACACAGAGCACCGCGCUGCGCUAGGCAUCGCUCCCAACAAGUCGAGGAGCACGAUAGAAUGCAUGCGCAUCGUUUGAUUCCGCUUUGAAAGGGCCCGAACAGCGGAAUGAGGAUGGCGGCGGGCUGAGAGGAGUUGGCUGUGGGAGUUAGGGAACACGAUUUCUCGAUAGAUGUGCGCGGUUGGACAAAUAAAAGGAGAAUGGACCUCUGUAAACUAAAAAUCCGCAGAAAGCCUGGCGAUGGGAGGACCGGCAGC